UGAACAUUUGAUAUAUUUUUUUUAUUUGUGCUUAUGACUCCGUUUCCAUAACUAUGCCUUUGUUUCAUUUUACAGAGGAAAUAAAGACUGAAACAGAGAAGCAAAGUCCCCCUCAUGGAGAAGCAAAACCUGGUUCAAGCACUCUGCCACCUGUGAAAUCAAAGACGAGCUUCAUUGAAGCAGACAAGUACUUCCUACCAUUUGAAUUGGCAUGCCAGUCAAAAUGCCCCAGGAUUGUCAGUACAUCUCUAGAUUGUUUACAGAAACUUAUUGCGUAUGGUCAUCUGACAGGGAAUGCUCCAGACAGUACAGCUCCAGGCAAAAAAUUAAUUGAUAGAAUUAUUGAGACAAUAUGUGGCUGUUUUCAAGGACCUCAAACAGAUGAAGGAGUUCAGCUACAAAUAAUAAAGGCUUUACUUACUGCAGUGACAUCUCAACAUAUAGAAAUCCACGAAGGAACAGUGCUGCAGGCUGUCAGAACAUGCUACAAUAUCUAUCUAGCAAGCAAAAAUCUCAUAAAUCAAACCACAGCCAAGGCCACUCUGACACAGAUGCUGAAUGUCAUAUUUGCACGUAUGGAAAACCAAGCACUUCAGGAAGCCAAACAGAUGGAAAAAGAAAGACACAGGCAACAACACCAUUUGCAGCAGUCUCCAGUAAGCCAGCAUGAGCCUGAGUCACCUCCGUUGCGGCAUAUUCCAACACAGGCUGAUCAGCUGUCUAAAGAACAUGAGAGAGAGCUUGACCACAACACGAAUGAUGUGGACAAGAACCUUCAGGAAGAUAUAGAGACAGAAAAUGGAUCUGAUAUUUCUAGUGCUGAAAAUGAGCAGACAGAAGCUGACCAAGCCACAGCAGCAGAAAAUCUUUCUAAAGCUGACGGAGAAACGUAUGAUGAUGAAAGCAGUGAAUGUGAAGAGAAGGCACAAGAAAUAGUAGAAAGUAUUGUGCAGGAAAUGGUGAACAUAGUAGUUGGAGAUAUAGAAGGAUCUGCUGAAAGUGCAAGUGGUGAUGGAACAAUUGUAACAUUAGAGGAUGGCAGUGACAGUGAAAACAUUCAGGCAAAUGGAAUUCCAGGGACUCCAAUUUCUGUUGCUUAUACACCAUCUUUACCGGAUGACAGAUUAUCCGUCUCUUCCAAUGAUACUCAGGAAUCUGGAAAUUCUUCAGGACCUACACCUGGUGCUAAGUUUUCCCACAUUUUACAAAAGGAUGCCUUCCUUGUAUUCAGGUCACUGUGUAAACUCUCCAUGAAGCCCCUAUCAGAUGGACCACCAGAUCCAAAAUCUCAUGAACUGCGGUCAAAGAUUCUUUCAUUACAGUUGCUUCUGUCCAUUCUACAAAACGCAGGGCCUGUCUUCAGGACAAAUGAGAUGUUUAUUAAUGCUAUUAAGCAGUAUCUUUGUGUUGCACUGUCAAAAAAUGGAGUCUCAUCAGUUCCAGAAGUUUUUGAACUUUCACUUUCCAUAUUUCUUACUCUUCUCUCAAACUUUAAGACUCAUCUGAAGAUGCAAAUAGAGGUUUUCUUCAAAGAAAUUUUCCUGUAUAUCUUGGAAACAUCUACUAGCUCAUUUGAUCAUAAGUGGAUGGUUAUACAGACGCUGACACGGAUAUGUGCAGAUGCCCAGAGUGUAGUGGACAUCUACGUGAACUAUGAUUGUGACUUAAAUGCAGCAAAUAUAUUUGAAAGGCUGGUUAAUGACCUAUCAAAGAUUGCUCAAGGAAGAGGUAGCCAAGAACUUGGCAUGUCCAAUGUUCAGGAAUUAAGUUUGAGGAAGAAGGGACUGGAGUGCUUAGUAUCAAUCUUGAAAUGCAUGGUGGAGUGGAGUAAAGAUCAGUAUGUAAAUCCCAAUUCUCAGACAACACUUGGGCAAGAAAAACCUACAGAACAGGACAGCAAUGAAACCAAACACCCUGAGACAAUUAACAGAUAUGGAAGCUUGAAUUCCUUGGAUUCUACUGCUUCAUCAGGAAUUGGCAGCUACAGCACGCAGAUGUCUGGCACUGACAACCCAGAGCAGUUUGAGGUCCUAAAGCAACAAAAGGAAAUAAUAGAACAAGGAAUUGACUUGUUCAAUAAGAAGCCAAAGAGGGGGAUUCAGUACCUGCAAGAACAAGGAAUGCUUGGCACUACCCCUGAAGAUAUUGCUCAAUUCUUGCAUCAAGAGGAGAGAUUAGAUUCAACUCAGGUUGGGGAGUUCCUGGGAGACAAUGAUAAAUUCAACAAAGAAGUCAUGUAUGCAUACGUAGACCAGCACGACUUCUCAGGAAAGGAUUUUGUUUCAGCUCUGCGUCUGUUUCUUGAGGGAUUUCGCCUUCCAGGAGAGGCUCAAAAAAUUGAUCGGCUAAUGGAGAAAUUUGCUGCUAGAUAUUUAGAAUGUAACCAAGGGCAAACUCUUUUUGCUAGUGCAGACACUGCAUAUGUCUUGGCUUAUUCAAUUAUCAUGUUGACAACAGAUCUUCACAGUCCACAGGUUAAGAAUAAAAUGACAAAAGAACAAUAUAUUAAAAUGAAUAGAGGUAUCAAUGACAGUAAAGAUCUCCCUGAAGAAUAUCUGUCUGCGAUCUAUAAUGAAAUAGCAGGAAAGAAGAUUUCAAUGAAAGAAACAAAAGAAUUAACAAUACCUACAAAAUCCAGUAAGCAAAGUGUUGCCAGUGAAAAGCAGAGAAGACUCCUAUAUAAUCUGGAAAUGGAACAAAUGGCUAAGACAGCUAAAGCUCUUAUGGAGGCAGUGAGUCAUGUUCAGGCACCAUUUACCAGCGCAACACACCUGGAGCAUGUGAGACCCAUGUUUAAGUUGGCAUGGACACCUUUCCUAGCUGCAUUCAGUGUGGGUCUACAGGACUGUGAUGACACAGAAGUUGCAUCUCUUUGUUUGGAGGGCAUACGGUGUGCUAUAAGGAUUGCUUGCAUUUUCAAUAUACAGCUUGAAAGAGAUGCCUACGUCCAAGCGUUAGCAAGAUUUACAUUACUUACAGUGAGUUCUGGUAUUACUGAAAUGAAGCAGAAGAAUAUUGACACAAUUAAAACUCUCAUCACAGUGGCUCAUACAGAUGGAAACUAUUUAGGAAAUUCCUGGCAUGAGAUUCUGAAAUGCAUCAGUCAACUUGAGCUGGCACAGCUAAUAGGAACUGGAGUAAAACCUCGUUACAUCUCAGGGACAGUGCGUGGCAGGGAAGGUUCUUUUACAGGAACAAAAGAUCAGGCACCUGAUGAAUUUGUGGGGCUAGGGCUGGUUGGUGGAAACGUGGAUUGGAAGCAAAUAGCAAGUAUUCAAGAGUCCAUUGGUGAAACCAGCUCCCAAAGUGUUGUUGUUGCUGUAGACAGGUACUGUAUUACAUUUAUUCUCAGAUCUGUUACAAUUAACAUCCCAUAUUUCCCCAGCAACAGCAGUAAUUGUGGCUAA